UUAAAGUGUUGUACAUUGAUUGGCCAGUGUUGACAACGUGGGCGUGGUCAGACGUCAAUGUUUAUGUAGUCUACUGUCUGUCCGUGUCUGUAACCGCUCCAAGGUCUCUGCAAUGUGAUUUCGUGGCGUUGCUUUGUUGUUAUUUCAUUUUACCCCCUGUCUUCACUACAUUAUGCUCCAGCCUUUAAAAUGGGGAAUCACUAACAGGUGAAACACGGAAGAAACCGAGGAACAAGCCGGAAUGGCAGGCGCCUUUGGUUUCAAAGGCUGCCAGAAAAUUCGAGGUCAGCAGAUUAGAAAUCUGCUUGAAGCGAAGGACUUCUUUCUCUUCGACUGCGACGGGGUUAUAUGGCACGGAGAGAAUGCAAUAGCGGGAGCGGCGAAGGUGGUGAAUUCGCUGAUCCGCCACGGCAAAAAUGUAGUGUUCGUCACCAACAACUGCACCAGGCCCCGGGAAAAUUACGUGCACAAGUUCUACCGACUGGGCUUCACCGACGUGAUGCUAGAACAGAUCUUUAGCUCUUCGUACUGCUCGGCCCUCUACCUGAGAGAUGUCGUCAAGGUCCGCGGCCAGGUGUUUGUGAUCGGCUGCGACGGACUGCGCAUAGAGCUGCUGGAGGCGGGCAUCCCCUGUGUGGAGGAAGAGGACGAUCCGGACGCCACCAUCUACAACUGCCCCUUGGCUCCGGACGUCAAGGCAGUGCUGGUGGGGCAUGAUGAUAAACUGACUUUUUUAAAAAAAAAGCUCCCGCUGGCUAGUGGAAGGAUUCUGCCAGGUUCUGGGUCCCUCACUGCAGCCCUGGAGGUGGCCUCAAGUCGCAAGGCCACUGUGAUCGGCAAGCCGAGCCGCUUCAUGUUCGAGUGCAUCUCCAGUCAGUUCAGUGGGGUGGACCCUGCCCAGUGCCUGAUGGUCGGGGACCGCCUGGAGACAGACAUACUGUUUGGGUCCAACUGCGGCCUCGAUACCAUGCUCACUCUCACCGGUGUGUCUCAGAUUGAGGAGGCCCAGGAGUACCUGAAAAGCGAGCUGACCACCAACCACAGCUUGGUGCCUGACUACGUGGUGGACACCAUUGCAGAUUUCUUACCUGCGUUUGAGGAACUGGAUGAACAGAACAACUGAUGAGUCCCUUUGGCUCUAGUACGGAGCACAGAUUGCUUCUGGUGCAUUUCAAGUGCAGUGUUUAGUCUGGCAACACAAACAUUCCUGUCUACAAUUAUCAAAAACUAUACAGUAAACGUUCCUCAGUAACAAGGCGCUGUUUAUGUUGUGAGCAAGAGUCGUAGGACAUAAUAUUCUCAAAAUAAUCAGAGUAAUCCAGUUCAUACCUCAGUGUUUCUUCUAGUGUUGUGCCCAUUUGUGAAUUGACCGUUCCCUCUGACUUGGUUAUGAAUAUACUGCACUUUCUUGUUCAUGGCUCGUGUUUGAUACUGGAUUUUGAACAUCCAGGGGUAUUUUUGCAAAGACAAAGUGUUGUGUAACCAUGUGUUUAGGAGGUGGUUAAUUUUUGCCAAAAGCCAGACAAUGUCUGUUUUCUUGUAUGCGUUUGCCAGGCUGUGACUUCUCCUGGAUUAAUUUAUGGCAAAAGGAGAAACUAAACACUGAGGUUUUCUCAGCUCUGGUGGAGACUAAGAUGACAAUCUGCCAGUCAGACAGGUGAAGUGUACAUUCACUUUUGGCCUUUCUGUCAUGUCUGUAAUACUUGUGCCAAUAUCCAUCAGAGUAAUAAACAGCUUACUAAAUCUU